AUGAGAGAGGAUUCUUUGUCUUGUGACUUCUCGAUAAGUAAAAACCUAAAUAAUGGAGAUGAGCAUGGAGGAGAUCAGCGAGGAAAAGAUCUAUGUCAAGAAGAAGAAGAUGAUGCAGAAUCUAAUGGUGGAAAAGAAAAUGAUAAACAUGGAAGAGGAAAAACAGAAAAUGAGCAAGAAGAUGAGGAAAAACAGAAUAUGAGCAAGAAGAUGAGAAAAAAUACAAAUGGAUAUGCUGCGGAGGAUGGUGAGAAUGAAUCAGAGAUAAAUUUAAAGAGGGCAAGAAGUUCAAGGAGAAAACAAGAUCGGGGUUAUACUUUGAACUCAAACAGGCAGAGAACAUCUGAAGAAAAGGCUGACCAGACACAGAAUGGAGACCGAUAA